AUGAGGAGGAGAUGGGUUGCGAUUACGGGGACUAGAUUUGUGCAUCAGCUUAAUCUGGUUAAAAGUACUGCUUCUCUUUUCUCCGGACGAGCUUUUUCUGGUCAUAGAGAGAUAUUGAGAAAUGGGAUGAGUGAUCUGAAGUUAGACGAUGCAAUUAGGUUGUUCAGUGAGAUGGUCAAGUCUCGUCCCUUACCUUCCAUUGUUGAUUUCAGUAAAUUGUUGAGUGCUAUUGCCAAAAUGAAAAAGUUCGAUGUUGUCAUCUCCUUGGGGGAGAAGAUGCAGAAGCUGGGAAUUUCACACAGUCUCUAUACAUACAGUAUUCUCAUAAACUGUUUCUGCCGCUCUUCUCAACUCUCUCUUGCUUUAGCUAUUUUGGGGAAGAUGAUGAAACUCGGUUAUGAGCCCAAUGUUGUCACGCUUAACUCGCUGCUCAAUGGUUUUUGUCACGGGAAUAGGAUUUGGGAUGCCGUAGCUUUGGUUGAUCAGAUGGUGGCAAUGGGUUAUCAACCUGAUACCUUCACAUUCAACACUCUAAUCCAUGGCCUUUUCCUUCACAACAGAGCUUCAGAAGCAGUGGCUUUAGUGGACAGAAUGGUUGUGAAAGGUUGUCAACCAGAUCUGUUUACUUAUGGUGUGGUGGUUAAUGGAUUAUGUAAGAGAGGUGAUACCGAUUUGGCUUUAACUUUGCUCAACAAGAUGGAGAAAGGGCAAAUAGAGGCGAAUGUAGUCAUCUACAGCACAGUCAUUGAUGGUCUUUGCAAAUACAAACAAGUGGACGAUGCUCUAAACCUGUUCAACGAAAUGGAAAGCAAAGGCACAAGACCAGAUGUUUAUUCAUACAACUCCCUCAUAAGCUGCCUUUGUAAUUACGGAAGAUGGAGUGAUGCCUCUAGAUUACUUAGAGAUAUGAUUGAGAAGAAAAUCAACCCUGAUGUGGUCACCUUCAAUGCAUUGAUCGAUGCGUUUGUAAAAGAAGGGAAGCUUGUAGAGGCGGAAAAGUUGUACGAGGAGAUGAUCCGAAGAUCAUUACAUCCUGAUAUUUUCACUUACAAUUCGUUGAUCAAUGGGUUUUGUAUGCACGAUCGACUUGACGAGGCUAAGCAUAUGUUUGAUUUCAUGGUUACCAAGGAUUGCCUCCCAAUCGUAGUGACAUAUAGUACUCUUGUAAAGGGAUUUUGCAAGUGUAAAAGGGUAGAUGAUGCUAUGGGACUCUUCCACGAGAUGUCUCAAAGGGGAUUGAUUGGAGACACAGUCACUUACACCACUCUUAUCCAAGGGUUUUUUCAGGAUGGCGACUCUGAAUAUGCCCAAAUGGUAUUCAAACAGAUGGUUUCUGAUCGUGUGCCUGCCAGUCUUAUGACGUACAACAUCUUAUUAGAUGGGCUCUGUAAUAACGGGAAGCUAGAAACAGCAUUGGUCAUAUUCAAGGACAUGCAAAAGAGUAAAAUGGAACUUAAUAUCGUCACAUUUAAUAUUAUGAUUGAAGGGAUGUGCAAGGCUGGGAAUGUGGAAGAUGGGUGGGAUCUAUUUUGUACCCUCAGCCAUAAAAGAAUGAAGCCUGAUGUUGUAACCUACACUUCAAUGAUCUCAGGCUUGGAUGGGCUUUGUAGGAACGGGAAGAUAGAGAAGGCAUUGGUGGUAUUCGAGUAUAUGCAAAAGAGUAAACUGGAACUUGAUAUUUUUACAUAUACUACUAUGAUUGAUGGGAUGUGCAAGGCUGGUAGGGUGGGAGAAGCGUGGGAUUUAUUUCGUAGCCUCAGCCUCAAAGGAGUGAAACCUAAUGUUGUAACCUACAAUACCAUGAUCGCAGGCUUGUGUAGUAAACGCUUACUACAGGAAGCAGAUACCUUGUUCAAAAAAAUGAAAGAUAAUGGGCCUCUUCCAGAUAGCGGUACGUAUAAUACACUGAUCAGGGCGCGCCUUAGAGAUGGUGACAAAGCUGCGUCAGUAGAACUCAUUAAAGAAAUGAGGAGUCAGGGGUUUGCUGGAGAUGCUUCAACCAUUGGCUUGGUGACCAAUAUGUUGCAUGAAGGGAGAUUGGACAAAAGCUUUCUCGAUAUGCUUUCCUAA